AUGACUAACAAUCUCAAAAUUCAGAAAAAAAACAGUGGCAUGUCAUUUACAGCAAAUAGCAGCGGUGGUAGCGGCCACAAUAGCAGCAGCAGGCCGACACACAGACGCAAGAAAAGCAAUGAUCUGGAGUGGAUUAGUAAAUACCAGAACUCAGAUCACCACGAAGAUAGAAGGAGAGGGAGCAUUCCGGAUGCUGCCCAACAAGUUAAUUGUGAGAUUUCUUUACAACAGUACAGCAAACCUCCGAAAUCUUCAUCCAAAUUUCGACCGACAUCAACGGCCAGCAGCAACUUCAAUGAUUACCAGCCAGAAGCAGCAGCACUGACCAACCUUCCUCCUAUUUACAGAUCAACAUCCAAGCCACAACUCAACAUCAACUCUUUCAACAACGCACCGGCAACUACAAACAGGCCUAGCCAACAACAAAUAUUCGGUAGAACUCGUUCGAAUUCAAUUGCAUACACACCUAGCUUCAAUUCUCAACAGUACACAAUCAACAACUACAACAACAACAACAACAACAGUUACUACACCAACAAGCGCAACAGUCUUAAUGUCAACAACAUCAGUAAUGGGUUUUCUUAUCGCAGAUCCAACAGCGUGCAAAUGUUGCCCCAAACGAAAAGGUUUUCCACAAUUGUUGAAAAUGGACCGGCAGCACGUUUCAGUGUGGCUGACGCCAUGCAAGGCAGGCAGAGCGCAAUCAUUAAGAACGUGGAACCCUUCAGACGCUACAGCUACAACCCGCUGGGCAGCUACGACAACCUCGACAACUCUCACAACGCUCUCUAUAGCAGAAGAUACUCCGUGACCAACCAGCAGAGCAACCCCCAGACCACAGCACCAUCAUCAUAUUUUCUGGCACCGACAACAACAAACAGCGCAUUUAGCGUUUACAAACGAGCUUUGAGCGUGCCAGUAGGAGCCACAAGGUACGAAAGAGAACCGUCAGUCGCUAAAUAUCAAACUAAUUUUGAGUUCUCAAAUUAUAGAAACGCGCAAAAUCUUAAACAAGAUGCUACUCGAAGUAUCGGUUAUUCGGUCGGAUAUAACGAGUACAAAGCUCCAAGCAAUGGUUAUGCUGGCUUUGCAGGAAACCAGUACAACAACAACAACAACAACAAAUUCAGCUACGCUGUGGCAAACUAUUCUUCUAACCCCAUGAAUAACUACUACAACAGUCGCAAUCACAGCAGCUACAACCCCAGCAGCUACAACGACCACAACUCAUACAGCAACACAUGCAACAAAGACAACACAUACAAUGGCACAUACAACAACAACAACUACAACAGCAGCUCUUUGUAUUCGAGUUAUGCUGCUAGACAACCGACAUACAGAAGUUCAUACAUAUUUUGA